AUGUAUGGUGGUGGUGGUGAUGAAUGCUUUGAUUGUGAUGGCGGUGACGGCGCAGACAUGUAUGGUGGUGGUGGUGGUGAUGAAUGCUUUGAUUGUGAUGGCGGUGACGGCGCAGACAUGUAUGGUGGUGGUGGUGGUGAUGAAUGCUUUGAUUGUGAUGGCGGUGACAGCGCAGACAUUUAUGGUGGUGGUGGUGGUGGUGGUGAUGAAUGCUUUGAUUGUGAUGGCGGUGACGGCGCAGACAUUUAUGGUGGUGGUGGUGGUGGUGGUAGUGAUGAAUGCUUUGAUUGUGAUGGCGGUGACGGCGCAGACAUGUAUGGUGGUGGUGGUGGUGAUGAAUGCUUUGAUAGUGAUGGCGGUGACAGCGCAGACAUUUAUGGUGGUGGUGGUGGUGGUGGUAGUGAUGAAUGCUUUGAUAGUGAUGGCGACGGCGGCGCAGACAUUUAUGGUGGUGGUGGUGGUGGUGGUAGUGAUGAAUGCUUUGAUUGUGAUGGCGGUGACGGCGCAGACAUGUAUGGUGGUGGUGGUAGUGAUGAAUGCUUUGAUUGUGAUGGCGGUGACGGCGCAGACAUUUAUGGUGGUGGUGGUGGUGAUGGUAGUGAUGAAUGCUUUGAUUGUGAUGGCGGUGACGGCGCAGACAUUUAUGGUGGUGGUGGUGAUAGAGGCAAUAUCGACCAUACGGAAAUCAUAGCUGUGGUAAAAGUUAUAAUAGAAAAGAGAGUUGUGAUAGUGAGAGGGCCGUUUUAA